AUGGAUUUAAACUAUUUCGGCGAUGUUCCGAUGUCGGAUCCGUUUUUGUCGCUGGAGACGAACCUCGACGAUAUCCAAAAUUUUCUCGAACCCGAACAAAUGGACUUUGAUCCCAUCGGAUCACAAUGGCAUACUGAGGGACCAUCGACGGCUUCGGCGGCGGCGUCGACGGCCAAUCAACAGGCGGCGCAGGCCAAACACAGUCCUCCGCAGGAAUUCUAUGAUACUGAGAGUGGCAAAGAGGUUGGAAGCCUAGUUUCGCUGCUCAAUCGGCCCAACGAGGACUACUACACACAGAUGCGAUUCUCGCCGCCGAAUUUCGAUUUGCGCAACGCCGACACGCCGACGACGUCGCUCGGAUUGUCCGGCAGCGGUCCGGCGGGCAUGUUGUCGAAUUUGAACGUGUUCUCGCCGAAGCCGUCCGAAUCGUUCGAGGCGUUCGCGCCGAUGCCGAUCGACGCGCGAAUGUUCGCGGCGAAUGAGGUGAUUCUCGCUUAUCAGUUGCUCGUUGUUGUGUGUGUCUGUGUGUGCCGUUAUGCAAUCCAUUCAAUGUUGCAGAAUAUGAAUGGCAGCAUGGUGUCGCCGCCACCACCAGCAGCACCACCACCACCACCAACGCAGCCGAAUGGUGGAUUCGCCUACGCGCCACCACCUUCUGUUGUCAUGGCGACGCCGAAGCCGUCGACGUCAUCGGAGUCGGCGUCGAGCACCAAAGUUGAGCUCCUUCGACUUCUCGCGAACAUGUCGCCGAGUGAGGUUGAGAAGCUGAAACAUCGAAAGCCGUCGAUGGAUCGCGCGUCGUCUAGACGCGAUGACGACGACGACGAUGAUAGCGACGGCGAAUCGACGCCGCUGAAGAGGGGACCGAAGACGGAACGACGCACCGCCCAUAAUCUGAUCGAGAAGAAGUAUAGGUGUUCGAUAAAUGAUCGAAUACAACACUUGAAGUUGAUAUUGGCUGGCGAUGAAGCGAAGUUGUCGAAAUCGGCGACACUUCGCAAAGCGAUCGAUCACAUCGAGAAUCUCGAGGCCGAGAAUCAGUCGCUUCGACGCGAAGUCGAAAAAUUGCGCGCGAUUCUCAUCGCGAACGGGUUGACGUGUGCCGAGACGAAAUCGCGUCGCGACUCGCCGGAUUGCGCCGCGAUGCAGAAUAAUGAUUCGUCGCCGUCGCCGCCGAGGAGUGAGAAGAAGCGCGCGCGAAUGAUGACCAAUGGCAACGCGUCGAAUGGUCCCAACAGUUCGCGAAUAACAUUAUUCGCGAUGCUCAUGGCGGUUCUCAUCUUCAAUCCGCUCGGACUACUCGCUGGCAGCACGUUUGCCGCUCAAACGUCGGCGUCAUCAACGGAUCGCAAAAUUCCGAUUGCGUCGCCGUUCGAGCAUGGACGAAUAUUGGAUGAUUCGGGUCCGGGCCUCAUCGAGAUCGCCGACGAACGAUCGAGUCUCAUUCGGCCGUUGUUGAUCUGGUCGGUGAAUUUCGCGAUGAUCGCCUAUGUGCUGAUGCGUCUACUCGUCUACGGCGAACCGGUGCAGGACUUCAAAUCGACGACGUGGACGACGUUUGUGGCGACGCGCGAGAAAGCGCGCGCCGAGCACGCGAGCGGCAAUUUUCGCGAGGCUCAACGACAAUUCAGCGAGUGCCUCGUGAUUCUCGGACGGCCGCUGCCGACGACCGGAUUGGAAACGAUACUGUCGAUCGUCUGGGAAUGCAUUCGUCAUCUCCUCAAUUGGUUGUGGAUCGGACGAUGGAUGUCGAGACGGAAACGAUCGACGUCGACGCCGGUGCCCGUCGUGUGCCGAAGUCACGCUCACACCGCCGUCCUCUACCACGACAUCCACCAAUUGCACUUGAUGGGCUUCACCGACUACGAGGACGACGCCAACGAGCCGUCGAUGAUCUCGGGCCUUUAUUUGGCGCUGUGCGCUGUCAAUCUUGCCGAAUCGGCGGGCGCCUCGUCCGACGGUCUGCCGCGUUCGAUCAUGGCUCAGAUCUACAUUGCGGCGUCGAUUCGGUGCCGAAUCGAGUUGCCGAAACUGUUCGCGCCGAUCGCCUCCGGCUAUUUUUUGCGACGAGCGCGUCGACACAUCCGACGGGCGCCCGAGCACACCGUCGCGCAAUUCUUGUGGCUAUUCCAUCCGGCGACGCGACGAUUCAUGGCCGACGCCGAACGCCUCAAAUAUUUGCUGCAAACGAAACAGCGCAUGGGAAUGGCUUCGUUUCUCAAUGAGGAGAUGAACACCCCAUUGGCUCGCCUACGCUCGAUGCUGAAAGUCUAUCUGCUCACUCAGCUAGUGAAAGAGCUCGCCGGCGGCGAGGAGUUCGCUUCGUCGACGAAUCUCCUCGUCGAUGAGACCGCCCAUGGCCAACUCGAUGAUGACAUCGAUAUUGUUGAUAUUUCGCGACUUCUCACCUCGAUCUCGACACGAAGUAGCGCGAUUGCCGCCAAUGAAAAAGAUGAAGCCUCAAAAUUCGGCUGCUGGUUGUCCCGCGAAGGCGAUGCGUGUUGCACGUGGUGGACGCAUGUGCUCACGUGCGGCAUUUAUUGGCGGACCGGCAAAAACGAGAUGGCCCGCAAACACUAUUCCCUUAUAAGGCAUUGUCCGCCGGAGAUACUCAAAGACAAACUCGGUCUCGCCGUCGGCCACGCGUUGUGCGCGCGCAAAAUUUGCAUCGACGAUCGCGAAUCGAGCAAAGUCGGCGAGUACGUGUGCAUUCAUACGCGAAAAUCGUUGUUGUCGCUUCGCGAGUUUGCCACGUCGCGAACGACGUGUAUCGUGUCGGGAAUUCAGGAAGGUGUCCGCCGAAUGUCAUAUGAAUGGGUGAUGAAUUCGCUGCUCGACGCGUGGCGCACAUCGUUGACGUCGACGACGCAACCCUACUGGAAGCAGUCGUUCAAAGGUCAAAAGUAUUUCAGCACGCUCUACCAAGAAGCGUAUAAUCAUUAUUCGUUGAUCAACGGCAAUCGCGGCGAUUGUUGGCGGUUGUUCGUCUAUGAGCUCACGUGUCGCAUGUUGAACGGCGCGAAUCCGCAGGCGACGUGGGCGGGAAUUCGACGAGUGCGCACGACGAAGAUGGACGCGGUUCGCGGACGCGUCUCGAUGCGACGAUCCGCGCAGCCGGACGCGUUCCACUUGCAUACACUUUGUAAAUUGCAUUCCAUAAUGGAAUCUUGA